AUGGAACCCCGCGGCAGGUCCCCCGUGCUGUCGUCGCGUGUAGCACAGAAGGGAGGCAGCAUGAAUAUAUGCAUCCCCCUUCGACCACGGCACCAUGACCGGAAGACUGCAGCCGCCGACAUUGACCUCAUGGCACAGGGUCAAGACCCUGUUGACCGUUACUCCAGGCCUGCCGCAGAUGCUUUGUCUCUGUCUGGGUCAACACCGCCCCAGAGCCCAACCAUGGCCAGCUUUGGCGUUGGUGGAGGUCCCAAGGUUAUCAUAUCAGAUAUGAUGACCAAGCCUCAUAGCCGCCCUCAGCUCAAGUCCAUGGACUCACGCAGCAGCCUCAAGAAAGCCAAGGACCAAGACACUACUGAGUACCAGCCUGCAGACAAGGACUUCCGCAAGACCCAUCGGGCCGUUGGGUCCAUCGACUCCAUCCUCACCUCCACAACCUGUGUCAACACUGCCUCUUCCUGCAGCCGCGCAGAAUCACGCCUUUCCCGGGAGAUCCGCAUCGAGGUGGAAGAUGCUGACGACGGAGAGGCCCCGAUACUUGCCUACCACCCCAACCUCGCCAACAUGUUUUACUCGGAAAGCAGAAAUCAUUUGGGUGUGCCAUCCCGACCUAGUUCAAGCAUGACUUGCAAGAAGCUGGAGGAGGAAGGUGAGCUGGACGAGGACAGGCUCAUUGAUGAAAUCUCGUCCUGGGUCCUGCGGAACACUUGUGGCAAGGAUGUCGAUGACUGCGCAGCUCCUUUGAUGAUAUGGGAUUGCACAUACCGCUAUGUCCAGGAGCUUUCCAGCGUGGCCCAGGAUGGAACCAUGGGCAUCGUGCAGGCAACGUCUGGACAGGGGACACCAACGUCACAGGGUGGUGGUACGCCGGGAGAAGGAGGCUAUGAUCAACAGUCCUCCGGUGGUUAUUUCAUCAAGGGGAAGAGAAAGGCUGAAGGGGGAGGCAGCGAUGAUGGAAGCGGGCUGGGAGGCCGGGACCACAUGGGAGGAGGGGAUGAUGAUGGGGAUACCACCAUGGCCGCCCAGGGGUACACCAGCAAAAACACAACAAACUUCAGCUGUCCUUACAGAAAGAGAAACCCUCUUCGAUUCAACGUGCGAGACCAUUAUGUCUGCGCUACACACUCAUUUUCCGACAUGUCACAACUCAAAAAGCACAUUCGUGCUCACCACCCACCUGUUCAGCGAAACGCGGGUCCAUUCCUUUGCCCUCGGUGCUGCAAGGGCUUUCCUUCGAAAAACGACCUCGACUCUCAUUUGCGGCAACCAGAGCCAUGCCGCCUCUCGGUUGAUCACGGCGGAGCUAACCCGGAAGAUGGUAUUACCCAGAAAAUUAUUUCGUCGCUCGAGGCCAGAAGUCUCAAGGCCAAGAUCGACAACUGGAAAUCAUUGUGGAAGCUCUUGUUUCCACAUGACAGGGAGAUUCCGGAGCCAGAAUUGCUGGAACUGCAGUAUCGACAUGUUCUUGAUGGGGCAACACACAUUGGAGAUAUCGACAUGAAGAUUCACCAAGGGCUGAAAAGAAGCAUCAAGUCCAUCUACAACUGGAUUGAAACCGUGGUCCAGGAUUGGGAGAAGAAAAUUUCAGGCGCGGUAUCUUUCUUCAAUGUGAAUCCGGUGGAGAAUACAGUUGUGGAUGUUUUCGACACAGCCAGCUGGGCCCCAAGCGGACAACGGCUGACACCCUCUCCUGCUUCCACUCCAACUAUGCUAUCAGGAAGCACAGGUAUGGUCAGCACAAUGGCCGGAACGACACUGGUCGGAACAGAAAGCCCUGGACGCGGCGCUCCUUCGGCUGCAGCAAGAAGACGUCCCAACCCCGUGAAGAGGAUCAAGAGAGCCGAAGUUCUGCCCAAGACGCAGCCAACCACGCAGAUCCCAGUGCCCAUCCAGCGAGCACGAACUCCCCAGGGACAAGCCAGGGCGAUCAACACCUCAUUCCGGCCACCGUCGGUUCUGCCAAGUCAGUCUGCGCUCAUGCCAGCUUCAACAAGUGGACAGAUGGAGCAGCCAAUUGUAGCCUUUCAGCAUCCCAACUGGGACUCGCCUCCUGUCUCCAUGCCCGCCAACUAUGCCAUUCCUUACACCACCGCCGGAGACAUGUUCCAGUCUCCAGAUCUCAUAACAGCACCAGCCCACUACUCACCUGUUCCGAUAGGACCAAGCCACCUCGAGGUUCAAAAUUAUCUUGCAAACCAAGAGCACCAAGGCGCAGUUCACGUCCCCACAGGCGAGGGGCUCCAGCAGCACGACAUGGUUCCCCGACCACAAUCCACGGCAACGAUCCGAGCAAGCCGUCUCAUAACACCCAGGUCCUCCGUUGCCUCGACUUGGAUGCGUGACGAAAAUCGCGACUCGGCUCAGACUCUCGUCGAAGAUCACCCCCCAGGACGCUGUAACAACAUGUACUGUCCUUCCUGUAGCAAGCCCUUGCCGGAUGACAUGGGGGUUACCAUGCACGUCCAGUCGCCGAUAGGCAUGCACCACGGUGUUGUCGGACCCGGCCAUCCUCACCAACAGCAGCACAGACAUCAGCUCCAUCAACAGCAGCAGCCACAUGAGAUUUACGGUCAAGGUGGCCAUACCACAAUGCCUGGCUUUACCCCGACUACGGGGCCAAUGGAGAUGCAUGGUCUGCCCGGAAAUGAGGAGGUCGAAUGGGGAUUUCACGGAGGGGCGAACCCGAACAUGUUUGGCGGACAUGGAGGCCCGCAGGAGGGAUACUAA